GUGAUCCUGAGGAGGCAGCAGCAGCUGAGAACUGCACUUGGACCUGUGCUGUGGGACCAGAUUCGUGUAUGUUGGCAGGUUGCUAUGACCCAACCAAAAAUGGCUCCCAUUUGUCUUGUGGAAAACCACAAUGAACAGCUGUCAGUGAACCAGGAAGCCAUCGAGAUUCUGGACAAAAUUUCUCAGCCAGUGGUAGUUGUAGCAAUUGUUGGAUUGUACCGNACAGGGAAGUCCUAUUUGAUGAACUGUCUGGCGGGACAGAAUCAAGGCUUCCCUCUGGGCUCCACNGUNCAGUCUCAGACCAAGGGCAUNUGGAUGUGGUGUGUGCCACACCCCACCAAGCCAGAGCACACCCUGGUCCUCCUGGACACUGAGGGCCUGGGGGAUGUGGAAAAGGUAGGAUGAGGUAUGGCUGGUCCUUCUGAGCCCCUGUUA